UGUCUAUAAUAUUGCUCGAGCAAGUACUAAAUUUGAGAAUGAUAGUUUCAGUAUUUCCUGACCGUCUGUCAGUGUUAGACAACGCCCGACACUGUUCACAUCGACACUAGCCAUUCUGUAAACAAUUCACAAAAAAUAAACAAUUUCCCAAAAACGUGAGUGUCAAAAAGUGAAAUGCGGUGAUUCAAAAUUUGUAUUUAACUAUCGACCAAAAAUAUUUUCAUUAUUACUAUUAUUAUUAUUAUUAUUAAUUGUUGAAUUUAAGUGAACAACUUGCAAAUAAAAAACAGUUGGACCAAAAAUAAACUCAAGCAACGACAGUUUUUGAAUCGCUCAAAAAUGGUGUCGUCUGGUACAACAAGGACGGCGACGUUUAUCUGCUUGGCUUUUCUAUUUCUACUUGUCGAAGUUACCAAUCAUGCGGAAGGUGCGAGAAAAAGGUUCCGUAGGCCAACGACAUCGUCACCAGGUUCGUUGACGAGCGAUCAAGAAGUCUCAGCCAGUGUAAACAGAUUCAAAGUCACGCGAAAUCGUUUGGGCACAAAGAACACGAAAAAUGAGCUUCAGCCAACCAGCGACAGCACUGCCACUAGCAGUACCAAGUCAAAUGAUUACAAGAUUGUAUGCUACUAUACGAACUGGUCGCAGUACAGAACGAAAAUAGGUAAAUUCAUGCCAGAGGAUAUCCAACCGGAAUUAUGUACACACAUAAUUUAUGCGUUUGGGUGGUUGAAGAAAAACAAAUUGACCUCCUUCGAGUCAAAUGACGAGACCAAGGACGGAAAGAUUGGCCUAUAUGAAAAAAUGAUGACGCUCAAAAAAGCAAAUCCUUCUUUGAAAAUUCUUCUUGCUAUCGGUGGCUGGUCAUUUGGAACGCAGAAAUUCAAAGACAUGUCAUCGACACGAUACGCAAGACAGACAUUCAUCUACAGCGCGAUACCUUAUCUGCGUGAUAGGAACUUUGAUGGAUUGGAUAUCGAUUGGGAGUACCCGAAGGGAGGCGAUGACAAAAAAAACUACGUUCUGCUCUUAAAAGAACUACGAGAAGCAUUCGAAGCAGAAGCCCAAGAGCGAAAGAAGCCGAGACUAUUGUUGACCGCAGCAGUGCCAGUUGGCCCGGACAACGUGAAAAGCGGAUAUGAUGUACCGGCAGUAGCGAGUUACCUGGACUUUAUAAACUUGAUGGCGUACGAUUUCCACGGUAAGUGGGAGCGUGAAACCGGACACAAUGCCCCUCUCUACGCGUCAUCCCUGGACUCUGAGUGGCAGAAGCAACUCAGCGUCGACAAUGCCGCAGCUUUGUGGGUGAGACUGGGAGCACCUAAGGAGAAGAUGGUCAUCGGAAUGCCGACUUACGGGAGAUCAUUCACACUGUCAAAUCCAGAUAACUUCCGGGUUCAUGCCGCCGCUAGCGGGGGAGGAAAAGCGGGGGAGUACACCAAAGAGUCUGGAUUCUUGGCCUACUAUGAGAUAUGCGAGAUGCUUCAAAGUGGAGCAGCAUAUGUAUGGGAUGACGAGAUGAAGGUGCCAUACUUAGUGCAGGGCGAUCAAUGGGUGGGCUUUGAUGACGAGAGGUCCAUUAGAGGGAAGAUGAAAUGGAUAAAGGCCUCCGGAUAUGGAGGUGCCAUGGUUUGGACAGUCGACAUGGAUGACUUCAAUGGAACCGCGUGUCCCGGAAACGUGAGGUACCCGCUGAUAGGCGCAAUGAGGGAGGAACUCCUCGGCGUAUCCCGUGGCGUAAAGGCUAAAGAUGUUGAUUGGAGUGCCGUCGCGGCGACUGUCAGUGAAGUUGUCAUUAAAAAACCAGAGCCCUACAAGAUUCCAGCCUCAGAGGUUCUCAGCAAGGCUAAAAAGGUGUCGAAACCGACCUCACUAGUCAUUAAUUCACCGCCUAGAGAACGUGAACCACUGACGUUUUGUUACUUAACAAACUGGGCACACAAACGCGGGGGUGCUGGAAGAUUUAUUCCCGAGGACAUUGAUCCCAGUCUCUGCACCCACGUUGUCUACUCAUUUGCAACCUUGAAAAAUCACUUGCUGGUGGAGGGCAACGAAAAGGACCCGGAGAUGUAUGAACGGUUAAUAGCACUCCGAGAGAAAAAUCCGGACUUGAAAGUAUUACUAGCAAUUGGUGGGUGGGCAUUUGGUUCAACACCAUUCAAAGAACUCACCAGCAAUACAUUCCGUAUGAAUCAGUUCGUUUACGAGGCAAUCGAGUUCCUCAGGGAGUACAAAUUUAACGGUCUCGAUGUCGACUGGGAAUAUCCGCGAGGCACUGACGACAAGGCCGCUUACGUGAAUCUUCUGAAAGAGCUGAGACUUGCGUUCGAAGGCGAAGCCAAAGACUCUGGCCAACCUAAAUUGAUUCUUUCAGCAGCAGUACCAGCGAGUUUUGAAGCCAUUGCCGCUGGGUACGACGUUCCUGAAAUAUCUAAGUACCUGGACUUUAUAAACGUAAUGACUUACGACUUCCAUGGGCACUGGGAGAGACAAGUCGGACACAAUAGUCCGCUGCAUCCCUUAGAGAGUGCAACCAGCUAUCAAAAGAAACUCACCGUGGAUUAUAGUGCUCGCGAAUGGGUGAAACAGGGGGCGCCGAAGGAGAAGCUAAUGAUAGGAAUGCCUACGUACGGAAGAUCCUUCACGCUGGUAGACAAGGACAAGUUUGACAUCGGUGCACCAGCCUCCGGGGGUGGAGUUCCUGGGAACUUUACUAACGAGUCUGGCUUUCUCUCUUACUACGAGGUGUGUGGUUUCUUGAACGAGGACAACACGACCCUCGUCUGGGAUAGCGAACAGCAGGUGCCGUUUGCAUACAGAGAUGACCAGUGGGUCGGUUUUGAUGACGAGAGGAGUCUUAUUAACAAGAUGAAUUGGCUGAAAGAGGAGGGCUUCGGUGGUAUUAUGAUUUGGUCUGUGGACAUGGAUGAUUUCCGCGGGAGCUGUGGCGCGGGCAAGUACCCUUUGAUAAGCGCAAUGAAAAAUGAAUUAUUAAACUACUCAGUAAAACUGGAGUACGAGGGCCCUUACGAGACCUCGACUCGCAACGGAAAGUACACCACCAAAGACCCUAACGAGGUAACUUGUGACGAAGAGGAUAAUCACAUAUCGUAUCACCCCGACAAAAACGACUGCACAAUGUACUACAUGUGCGAGGGCGAACGUAAACAUCACAUGCCGUGUCCGGUAAAUUUAGUUUUCAAUCCGAAUGAAAAUGUCUGCGACUGGCCGGAAAAUGUCGAAGGCUGUCUUCAACACACGCCAGCGCCGCCUGCCGCCUAAAUAUAAUCUAUUCCUCAAUUUAUUUUCCUCCUUUCCUUUCCUGUCCUUUCCGUUCCUUUCAACUCUUCCCUUCUGACACUUUUUUUAUUCCUCAGAGCACACCUCGCGCUCACUUUCCUGCAAGUUUCCAAGUUUGUAUAAAAGCAAAAAAUUAAUAAUAGGGUAUGAAGAAAAAGGGAAAAUAAAUACUAAAAUAUAAAAUAAAAUAUAAUAAAAUAAAAAGGAGUACUUUAACAAGCUGCGUCACUAUGUAAAUUUGAGCAUCUGUCAGCGUCGACUCUACCUGUCACUUUUUGUUGACACCAGCAACUAACUAGAGUCGUGUCUUCUGUCUGAUGUCUUGUGUCUUUAUAGCUACAGAGAUACUUUUAUUUAUUUAUUUCUGUCAGCGCUCAGUACUUUCCGGCUUUAUUAUUAAAUUUAUUAUUUCCGCGUUCGUAAUUAAAAGAAAUUGCGCACUG